AUUCGCAUUUUCAACCCGACCAACUCUCUCUUGCUCACUCUUCAGCCCUGCAGCCCCUUGUACAAUUCACACACAAACACACGGUGCACCACGCCAAGGUUGCAGGUGUUGAGCACACGAACCCGAAAUACCACACAGCAGGUCACCUCGCAAGGAGCGGCGGUGUGCAGUUUGGCAACCAGCACUCUUCACGACGAAGCGAUGCCACCCGUUGCCCAGCAAGCAGCCACACACGAGCAAGGCAUGACGCGUUGCAAGAGUUGCGGAGAGCAGUUCGCUCGCAAACCAGGUGCGUUGGGCGAGCUUGCAAGAACGGUCUUGCCUGGCCGAUUGAUUCAUCACACGGAACCAAGUAACAAUUAUACUGCGGAAAUGGCGCAAACCCCGCGUCUGCCCAAUUCCACCGGUGCGAAAGCUGCAACAAGCCAAGCAAGUGCGGCAUGCUCCUCGAUGCCAUACUGUGCUGCGAUUCAUGCAGCAUUCAAUGAGCGAGAGGGACGAAAGGAGUUAAAACAGUCAUGAUUUUUCGAGACCUGGGGGAAGCUGGCUCGCCUUCACUGUCGCCGACGAUCGCUCUUUGAUGGAGGGACGAGGCAGGGAGGGGGGUAGCCAAGGCCCAGUCGAGCAAUCACUCUUCCUUGUCUGGGGACCAAUAUCGGUGCACCAUCAUCACUGCUGCACCAUCCCUGCUAUCACGAGGAUGAAAACUGGCUGCUAUGAUUGCUAAUUUUCAAGGGUGUGUUUGGUACGGUACAUACCGAGGCGUACCAGCGGUAUUAUAUUUCUGGUAUACCGGUACCGAGAUGUUCGGUACGUUUGGUAUGGACUUCAAUACCUUACCGAAGUGUUCGGUACCUUCGGUACGGACUUCAGUACCUUACCGAAAAUAUCGGUACGUUCGGAAUGGACUUCAAUACCUUGCCGAAGUUGUCGGUGCGUUCGUUACAAAUACCGAGAUGUUCGGUACAGUACCGGUAUGAACUGCCAUACCAUACCGGGGAUGCUCGGUACGUUCGGUAUGGACUUGAAUACCGUACCGAAAAUACCGGUGUUCGGGAACCAGGCCUCUGCUGCGCAAAUCGAGCGCGACUUCAGUGGUUGCGGUACCCUCAUGACCUCGAAUGGGAGCCGCACGGACACGUACUGGUUGGAGAUGGUUAUGUUCCUCAAAGCAAACUUCGAUAGCAUCCCCGCGUACGGUGUCAUCCCCAUGAUCGCUUCGAAGGAUAUCCGCUCGUGUCUUCCCGGCCGGUUCUCGGGGCAAGACACGGACUUUGUUGCGGCUGAAAACACCUUCGACUUUCUGAAUAACACGGAGGCGCCAAACGUCGAUGGCCUUACCGUUGGCAUGUCCUUAGUUUAAUAUCGAGAAACAUCUGCUCUGAUACAAUGACGUUAUAUCUUACCCUUUUCUGGUUACUUGUCGCGUGGGGGCACACGUUUCCCACGUUUCCUAGUGUCCGUUCGGUACUUGUCCUUCACUUGGACUCAGUUUGAAAUCUAUGUUUUCGCCGGCCGCUAUUGUUUCGAUUUUGCAACAGGGCAAUUCCCUCUUGAAUUUUUACUGUCGUACAGACCCUUGGAAGUUCAAGUCCUUCGUCGUGUGGUCUAGGUUGGUUGCUUUGUUUUGUUGGACUCGCGCGCGUAAUAAGAGAAAAAUAGGAGUCCAAAAUCAAAUCAUAAUUCUAAAACUGAUGAUAACAUUAAAAUUAUACUCCGUAUUCAAGAUGAAGACUCGUGUUAUUUUAUUUUUUGUUUUGCUGUUCUCUCCUGCCUUCCAUUUUCAAUAGGGAGAGUCUCGGAUUCGGAUUGACUCCGUACCAUCUUUGUUAGGUCUUGCUGUUGUACGCACACGCACAUUCCUGAUGAGCAAUAUCAAAAUUGAUAUUGCAUGUUAGGUCUUGCCUUCUUCCGUUCCUCCUGAAGGUGUACCGUGCAUACGAUAGCGUAGGUUUGAUGAGGGGAUAGCGAAGGUUAGGUGUCGAUAUAUCUUGGAAAACAGUAUUUGAAAACACGGACACAGGGAGAAUGUAGGAUAAUGGAAACAACUGAUCUGACUGAUAGUAGUCGUGAGAGGCAUGACCUUGGAAGAACUUGUAGGGGGCGAGGAACACAACAUGCAUAAUUUGGUGGAGGCGCCUGGGUGACUCUGUAGAUCACGGCAAAAGGAUUAUCUUGCAGAGGUAGUACGUAGAGGCUAUACGUUUUUCUUGAAGGUGGUGAAAGUAAACAAUGUUGUUCUUGUUUGUAGUAUGCUUGAUUUGUCGUGCCUCCUUUCGUGGACCGAUUGUUCUUGGUUUGUUGGGCUGCGUACGGAGUUGGUGCCAAUGAUUGCAUCUUAUUUCCGAUUUUACUACAUUUCCUCCCUUUUUUUUCCCUCUCCCUGUGUGCCUCUCUGGGUAGGGUAUGUAAUGAGACAAUUGGGGGAGGCGGGGAGGCGUAUCACCUCGUACCAUGCAAGUUAUAGCCAGCCAGCUCCUCUAUGCGCGUAGGUUUGGAUAUUCUAGACGAGGAAAACCUCCGCUACUUUGAUGAAAUGAAUGUGAAAUGGUUUCGGGGGACAUCAACCCCUUGCAUGAUAAUCUAGACUAACUGCCCCACACACGAUUCGGUCCACCCCUGUUGGGGGGGGGGAAGGUUUGGUAGGCAAAGGCUGAUGGCUGUGAUUUUCUUUUUCGCACGUGGUGAGCAAUAAUCAAGGUGUUCGGACGGCCAUUCCUUCUGCUGUAUCUCGGAUCCGUGUCAAAGGAAUGUGAGCACCCUUAACCCCAACGCCUCCAUUAGUGCCAUGUCUUUGGGGUCAACCUGCUCACAUAAGCACCCAAGGGGUUCGCAUAUGUCAGAAGGUCCUAGUAAGAGAUCGGGACGGUUUUCAAUGUCAAGAGAGCUCUAGUGGCUGUUGCGUGGUUCUUCGUGCUGCUUCUAUUUUCCUUUUUUGUCGUCAACGCCGGGCAGGAACCUU